GCCGUAUGGAACGGAGCGUUAUCGUGAUGCAGUAUUACUCUCGAAUGGUAAAUCGGGACGUUUCUUUCUUAAUGCACGUGCGAGAUCGCUCCUCAGAACCUUAAAUACGCAAAUGCAAGCAUACAGAUUUUUUUGCAAUUAUUAUGAUUUGUCAAUAGAUCGUUGUGUGAUAUCCUUUUGUAAUAUUUUAAUGAUAUUUUAACAUUUUAUCAACAUAUUUCAACAAUGAUAAUGUAAAACUAUAACUUUGAAUAAUACUAGGCGUCCAUGGUUUGCCCGUCCGGAAUCUGGCGUUGCGGAAUCAUGCUAUUUCUAUUAGUCAAGAAUAGGAAUAUUUACUUUAGCCUAGGGGGUGGUGUCUCUGGGGUCUUUCACGUGGAUGACUGGACUUUUGAUUUAGGAUCAUUGUGCCACGACGCAAGUUUCAUCAAGCGUAACAAUGCCAUCUUAAAACGUAGCACUUUCUCAAAAACGGUCCAGGACACUCAACAGAACAUGCCUCGUCAAGAUCCGAUAGUAAUAUCGGCACCCAUCUUGAGCUGAAUUUAGACAUCUUAAUCAUUUUUUUAAACAAGUAAGACAUGACAGACAGCAAACAACAAGUUUCCCAACAAUCGCCCUCACAGUAAGAGCUCGAACUCUUUCCACAUGUUUCGGUAUAACAACUCCCAGUCGGCCAGUCUUAGGCUCUAUUGAAGUUGAAGUCAAACCAAGCCGGAACCGAUCGUGCCACUUAUUAGCAUGUUAGAUAAUAAUCUAACGUUUUAAGCCAGUUUCUACCUUCCCAUGCCUGCUUUUGUGUGUUACCAAUGCCGCGCAUAAUAUCAGUGACGUUUUCACUGAUGCCGGAUAUCACUCUGUUGUUUUUAACGAAUUUGAUGACAUUUUUGCAACCGGAAGCAUAAAAGUAGUGAUAUGUUACGGAAAUGACGUCAAGACGUUUUUUCAAAAAGAGUUAUUUUCUCAAAUAAAUGGUUGUCCCGGCCGGCGUUACCCGAGUUACUAUGGACAAAACUUGUGCUAACAUGAAAUCGAAUAAAAGCUGUGGUGAUCGGUUUAUUGAUCGCCGCCUUUCUUAUUGAUCUUGUUUAUCAUAUGUUAAGUUAGUCGACACUACAUCUAAAACAAAAGAUAUUAGAAAAAAAAGCUUUCAAUACAAUAUUAUUCCAAUUGUACACGGACUUCGCGAACAAUUCUCGUACAUUGCUAAAAGUUCUCUAUAAAUUCAUUACUUGACAACAGUUAAGGAUGAUAUUAAUUGGCUUGCAACGAGUUGUUCUUUAAACCCUCAAUGAUUUGAUUUUAUAAUAAUGACAAUAAUAAUUGCAUUCGUAUGACUUUUUGUGGAACGAUUACGCACUCUUAAUGAAAAACACUAUUGCAUUUACUAAUAAGUUAUCCAAUUCAAAUUUACAGGUACUUUUUUGGACUGCAAAGGAAUGUAUCGUUGUAGCAUGAGCAGUGUUUGCAUACCUCUUGAACAAGUGUGUGAUAAGGUAAAAAAUUGUCCUUUCUACGAUGACGAAGAUAACUGUGAAAUGCAGUGUCCCAGCGGAUGUCAAUGUAGUACAGGUGUUGUAAACUGCACGGGAGUUGAUGUUAAUGAUUACCACUACGUCGAUCAGUCUACCCGGAUACUUGAUUUAAGUAAUACAAAGUAUUUGGGCAGAUACAUUUUCGGAAAAGAACAUAAUUGUUAUCAUAAUAAAUACAUGGUAGUUUUAUUCAACGUAUCUAUGUGCAAUAUCGCAUCAAUAGAUCAACACGAGUUUCAUAGCUUCCCUAAUCUGGUCAAUCUUGACUUGAGUUAUAAUACAUUGGUAAGAUUAUUGCCAAAUACAUUAACGAAAUAUAAGUCCCUUAGAGUGUUACAAAUACAUGGAAAUAAAUUUCUACGAACAAUUGCACCCGGUGCUUUCAAUGGUUUGAAUAUUGAUUCCUUAGAUUUAAAGCAAGCAAGUCUGGAACUUUUAGAGGAAAAUACAUUUUACGGAUUAAAUCUUACUGGACUUGACCUAUCAAAUAGCAGAAUUCAACGCAUCAAAGACAAUGCAUUUAAUGGACUUUUCUGUCAAUAUAUUAAUAUACUAAACAACCCAAUAAAAGACUUUGGUAAAGGAGUUUUCGCUGGAGUAAUAGGAGUCAAACAACUUGUGACAUCAGCAUACAAAUACUGUUGUGUACGACCAGUUGGUCUUAGCGAAGAUCAAUGUCUACCGCACAGAGAUGAAUUUUCUUCAUGCGAAGACCUUAUGAGAAAAACUGUUCUAAGAGUGCUGAUGUGGGUUAUAGGAAUAUUGGCAUUUUCUGGAAAUGUUAUGUCCAUAAUUUAUCGAGUUUUACGUGAUAGAAAACGAUUUAAACUUGGAUAUGGUAUAUUUGUCACCAACCUUGCAGUCGCUGAUAUGUUCAUGGGUAUAUACAUGUUGAUUAUCGCAAUUGCUGAUUAUUGGUUUGCAGAUAGAUAUAUCGAAAUUGAUGAAAAAUGGCGUAACAGUGGAACUUGCACAUUUGCUGGAAUAUUAUCAACAAUUUCUACAGAGGCUAGCGUCAUUUUUAUGUGUCUAAUCACCAUGGAUAGGAUACUUGUUAUCAAAUAUCCCUUCGGACAAGUUAGGUUUACCACUAAAUCAGCUCUGAUCGCCUGCAUAGCUGGCUGGAUAGUUUCUUUUGUAUUAGCUGUUUUUCCUGUGACGUAUGUUGCUUACUUCAGAGGAAGUUUCUACAGCAAGUCUGGUGUUUGCCUCGGAUUGCCAUUGACACGUGAAAAACCUUCCGGUUGGUUGUAUUCGAUUGUAAUUUUCAUUGGCCUAAAUUUUGUUACCUUUGUUCUUAUUGCCGUCGGUCAGUUGAUGAUUUAUGCAGAAAUAAAGAAAACGACAACAGUCAAGAAAUCUAUGAAUGUAUCAAGAUCAUAUGAUUUAAAAGUUGCAAGAAAUUUACUUCUUGUAGUGACCACGGACUUUUUGUGCUGGUUUCCUAUAGGAUUAAUGGGUAUCCUUGCUUUGAAUGACUACAUUAUACCUGGUGAAAUUUAUGCCUGGACAGCCGUACUUGUUUUACCUAUCAACUCUGCCCUGAAUCCAUUCAUGUACACAUUAUCAGCAAUUUUAGGAAAUGCGGUAAGCAAAAUGCAAUAUUUUUUUAGUAUUCAAUACUCUAUUUUGCCAAUAAAAUUGAGAAAGGUUUGA